GUCAGGAUAUUGUAAAAGAAGGGAUAAGGAAAAAUAAUAGUGGCAGACUGAGAAAAUUAGGGAGAAAUGGAGGGAGAGGAUCGGAAUCCAGAAAUUUAGGAACAGAACAGUAAAUUGAUUUCCAUGGGCGAAGGCGGGGUCGCAUCCCGUGUACUCCCUCUCCCUCUGCCGGCCAAACCAUCGUUUCUUCUUCAUCUCAUUUCCAUUUCUCCGUCACUGCUACUCUCUCGCCGGUUUCUCCAUUUCCACAGUGGCAGUAGCAGCAACUUCCUCUCCUGAUCGCCAUCACCCGCUUCGUUUUUUUCAUCGUUUUUCUCUGGACUGUAGAAGAGGGUCAUUGAGAUCAAAGAUUUGAAGUGUCAAAUGUUUUGGGAUGAACUCCAAGAUAUGGAUGAAGACUUGUGUUUGGAAACAACUAAUGUAUUAGAACGAUAAGGGCUAUUAUUCAGCCAUGUCAGAGAAAGCUCUUAAAGCACUUAACACAGUGCCUGGACUGGAAGGGAGCAAUGAAAGCCCUUGUAAAGGGGAUCUUAGCAAACAAGGUCUAGUGAGUGCUAAUGGGAAUGUUGAAGAGUUGAAAAGACCACAAGUAAAUGGUGAAAACAGUAAUCCUGGAGCUGAGGUUGGUAGUUCAGAAGUAGAAUAUAUCGAAGCUGAGAAUUUGACUGAUCUAGACGAUGUUUCAUCGAGCCUUAAGACGCUCGUAGCUGGAUUAAGCUCAAAAGAUUGGGUUUUGGUUUGUGAAGCACUGAACAAUACGAGACGGAUAGCAAUAUAUCACAGGGAAGACAUGCUUGAUAUGCUGGGAGAUGUGAUAUCACUUUUGGUGAAAUCAAUGAAAAAUCCUCGAAGUGCUGUCUGCAAAACUGCACUUAUGACAUCUGCAGACAUUUUCAGUGCUUAUAAUGACAAACUGAUUGAAUCAUUGGACCCCAUGCUGUUGCAGCUUCUUCUGAAGUCUUCUCAAGACAAACGUUUCGUGUGUGAAGCGGCUGAGAAAGCUCUGGUAGCAAUGACUACAUCGUUUUCCCCUGAAUUGUUGCUACCAAAAUUGGAACCAUAUCUUAAGCACCGAAAUCCGAGAAUUCGAGCCAAGGCUUCAACGUGCUUUUGUCGAAGUGUCCAACGACUGGGUGUUGAAGGGAUAAGAACAUUUGGGAUUGACAAAUUGAUUCAAACAGCAGCAUCCCAGCUCAGUGACCAGCUUCCCGAGUCGAGGGAGGCUGCUCGAAUUCUCCUUCUGGAGUUGCAAUCUGUGUACACAAAGUUUCCCGACCUCCCAACAACGAUGCCUGAAGACCCAGAGAAGGUCUCUUGGGAAGACUUUUGUCAAUCAAAGCUCUCCCCUUUAAGUGCACAAGCUGUUCUUCGUGUCACGAACGUUUCUUGGGAAGGUAUUGUCUCGAGUUCUUGAUGCUUAGUAAUGAUGAUAAUAUCGAAACUUCAAUGAGUGUACCCCCCCUUGUUCUUGAAUCUCUAGCCAUGUGAGGAGCUUUAGAACGGCUAGCGUAUAGUCCAUGAUAGCUAUUAUUCUUUCCCUUUCUUUUGGUUUGCCUUGUCAUGUAAAUUCUUUCAAAACUUUUGAGGUACUCAGAAUACGGUUGAAGUGUGUAGCUUUUGCUAUUUUUUUGGCCUAUACCUUAUAGUUACUUCAAUAUUCUUUCAGAUCCACUUGAAACUCGACAUUUUUGGUGUGAAUAUUAUCAAUACAAAACUUGAUAUCAGUUCAUUGUUUUGAUAUCA